ACCAGAGAGAUGAACCUGGCACCACUGGCCAUCCACAGAUGAUUUGUGAUUGACAUCUUUGACAGUACAUCUCCAAGAGAUAAUUACUCAUUAAACAUUUUUGUGCAAAGAGAUAUACAAGGCACAGAAGACCUGUUGAUCUUCAUGGGUACCAGACUGGACAUCAUUAUGCUCUACUGCUCUGUUGCUCUGCUCCUGCCCCUGCUGGCGCAGUCUCACCCUCACCCUCACAUAGAUGACGAGGGCCUGCCAAUCGACUGUGAAGACGUCUUCAAAAACGGAUCGAUUCACAGUGGCGUCUACACCAUCUACCCUGAAGGAGAGGACUCAGCUGUGGAGGUGUACUGUGAAAUGGGCUGCCCUGAGAAUGAGAACAUGGAAGAAGGCCAUUGGACAGUGAUCCUGAGGAGAAUGGAUGGGAGUGUGAAUUUUGACAGAACCUAUGCUCAGUAUUCAGAGGGCUUUGGAUACAAGGAUGGAGAGUACUGGCUGGGUCUGGAGAACAUGCACCUCCUCACAAUAAAGGGGGAUGGGAAUUGGUAUUCACUGAGAGUGGAUGUGGAGGACUUUGCUGGGUCGAAAAUCUUUGCACUGUACCCCACCUUCCGUGUAGAAUCAGCAUCGGCUGGGUAUAGACUCCAUCUCGUUGACUUCAUUAAUGGCGGUGCAGGUGAUUCUCUGAAAGCACACAAUGGGCACAUGUUUUCCACCUUUGAUAGGGAUCAGGAUACCUAUUGGGGUCAAUGUGCAGCCGGUCACGUCAAGGGAGGAUUUUGGUUUCAUAAGUGCCAGGAAGCCAACACAAACGGCCAAUACCAAUGGCAUCACCACCAUGGUAACGGGGCAAAUGGUUUGUAUUGGUCUACAUGGACUUCGGCCUCACUGAAAGCCAUUACUCUGAAGAUUAAAAGAGUGCAUCGGGCUGAUGAAGUGACUGACUAUAGUUAAAGGCGUCUCCUCGACCAGUCUAUCGUGCCCCUGUGUUACUAAAAGCAAACUUUAAAGCAAACUAAUCAGAAAGCGAUAAUCUUGAGAGCAAGUGAUCCUGAUUCAGAAUGGACCUUGACAAUUCAUCUGACAUUAGAUAAAAAAUAAAAUAAAAUAAAGGUAUUGGGAUUGAUUGAUUGGGAUUUUCAAAAUAGAAGGUUAAUACUAGUUAUACUUUCUUAGUAGGCUACUGCCGGUAGAUGGUGUGGGAGAAAAUUGUUUUAUUCUUUUAUCUAUCAUGUAUCAUGUUUAUUAUGACUUUGAAAUAUUGAGUGUGAUUGAUUGAUUGAUUGAUUGAUUGAUUAGGAUUUUCAAAUCAAAUAAAGUCAUAGGCAUAAGUCAUUUAUUACUACUGCCAGUUAGCCUGCAAAUCCAUGCGAAAUGAGAAGGUUGACUUCAGAGGUUGUGGACAAAAGAAACCAAAAAUAACUCAGAUUAUCCUUGUAAUGUCUACAUUAAAGUAUAGUAUAUAUAUAUUUUACCUAACAGAUGGUUUUAUGAGUCAUGCUUUUAUUUCCUCAUUGGCUUUUUGAUUGAGAAUAGGAUGUUGUAUGUAGAUGAAUCAUGUAGAUUAAUCAUUGGGUGUUUCAGCUAUUGGAUUCCUUGUUUCUGAAUUUGAAAUAAAUCAGCCAAAGAAAUUUUGAA